CAUCUUCUGGGCUGGUUCGUCAGUACCGGCGGACACGUCAUAUAUUACUUUUAACAACAACAAAAAAGUGACGUAUUUAGGACUUUUUGUGUUUCCCAAAGCGAUCGUUUGUUUUUGUUUUUUUUUGUCGUUUUAUUGCCGAGACACUGACGAAGGUUUUUUUUUUUUUUUUUUUUUUUCAUUUUUUAUUUCAAUUUGUGCUUGAACUGAAUAAAAAGAGAAAAAACGAAAAAGAACCAUGGCAGAGACAUCGGCAUCUCCAGCGAAAGCCAAGAAAGCGCCCAAGCCCAAGAAUCCCGCAUCUCACCCCAAGUACUCGGACAUGAUCCAAGCCGCCAUCGCGCAAGACGCCAGCCGGAGCGGAGCGUCCCGUCAGUCCAUCCAGAAGUUCGUCCGGAAGAACUACAAGGUGGGCGACAACGCCGACGUCCAGAUUAAGAUGGCCCUCAAGCGGCUGGUGGCGUCCGGGAUGCUGCGCCACACCAGCGGCAUCGGCGCGUCGGGCUCCUUCCGACUCGCCAAGCCCGACGUCGACGCCAAAAAGUCCACCAAGAAGCCGACCCCCGCCAAGACCAAGAAACCGGCCCCCAAGUCGGCCGCCAAACCGCCCAAGAAGGCGCCCAAGCCCAAGAAGGCGACCAAGCCGUCGGUGAAGCCCAAGAAAGCGGCCGCCAAGCGGACGCAGGCGGUCAAGGGAAGCAAGAAGGCCUCGCCCGGCAAAGUCAAGAAGGCGACGGCGGUGGCGGCCCAGAAGAAGACCAAGAACAAGGCGGUCAAGCCCAAAGCCAAAGCGGUCAAGAGGACCGUCAAGCCCAAGGCCAAGCCCACGAAGAGGGGCGCCAAAGCGGCCAAAAAGAAGUGAAGUGAAGUGGAAAGGGACACCAUCACAGACUGUGUAAAUACUCCGGAAAGGACACCUUUUCCUACAUGUAUUAUUUUUCUAUAGGAGCCCACGCAAACUCUCGACUACACCCGACUGCAACCGGACUUGAACGGCUUUCAAGGAUUCAUGUGUGCCCACUUUGUGCUUGUGACAUUUUGGUGGUCCCCUUGUAGUGACGUGCUCCAAGUUCGGACCGCUUUCCCGUUAGCGGAUCCCUUCAUUCCAUCCGUAUUUUGUUGUGCUCAAUCUUUUAAUAAUUAAAAUACUACUUUGAACGACAUUCAAUUAAAAACAAAAUGUGUUUUCAAAA